UUUCGUCGUCUUCAGUCUUCUUCUUCAGUAGCAACACCUUGGGCUUCGUCUCUUCAAUGGCGGCCAUUUCUGUAAGUUCUUCACCAUCUCUUCGCUGCUUGAGAUCGGCAUGUUCCGAUUCUUCUCCUUCUCUCGUAUCCUCGACGCGUGUAUCGUUCCCGGCGAAGAUUUCAUAUCUCUCCGGUCAAUCUUCGCACCGUGGCGAAGAAAUGGGUAAGCGAAUGGAGGGAUUCGUAAGAAGCGUUGAUGGGAAGAUCUCUGACGCAUCUUACUCCGAAGCUUCCUCUACGACUCCAAAAUCGAAGGUGAGGAAGCACACAAUUUCAGUAUUUGUUGGAGACGAAAGCGGAAUGAUUAAUAGGAUUGCAGGAGUGUUUGCGAGGAGAGGAUACAAUAUUGAGAGUCUUGCUGUUGGUUUGAACAGAGACAAGGCUUUAUUCACCAUAGUUGUCUGUGGAACUGAAAGGGUACUUCAGCAGGUCAUCGAGCAACUCCAGAAGCUCGUUAAUGUUCUAAAGGUUGAAGAUAUCUCAAGUGAGCCGCAAGUGGAGCGUGAACUGAUGCUUGUAAAAGUGAAUGCGCAUCCAGAAUUCAGGGCAGAGAUCAUGUGGCUAGUUGACACAUUCAGAGCAAGAGUUGUGGAUAUCGCGGAACAUGCGUUGACUAUUGAGGUAACUGGAGAUCCUGGAAAAAUGAUUGCUGUAGAAAGAAAUUUGAGAAAGUUUCAGAUCAGAGAGAUUGUCAGGACAGGAAAGAUAGCACUGAGAAGGGAAAAGAUGGGUGCAACUGCUCCAUUUUGGCGAUUUUCAGCAGCAUCCUAUCCAGAUCUCAAGGAGCAAGCACCUGUUAGUGUUCUUCGAGGUAGCAAAAAAGGAGCCGUGGUCCCUCAAAAUGAAACAACAGCAGGGGGAGAUGUUUAUCCCGUUGAGCCAACUUUUGACCCCAUGGUACAUCGUGUUCUCGACGCUCACUGGGGACUUCUCACUGACGAAGAUACGAGUGGGCUACGGUCGCAUACUCUAUCGUUGCUUGUAAAUGAUACUCCAGGAGUUCUUAAUAUUGUGACUGGUGUUUUCGCUCGAAGGGGAUACAACAUUCAGAGCUUGGCUGUAGGACAUGCUGAAACCAAGGGCAUUUCACGCAUUACAACAGUUGUACCUGCAACAGAUGAAUCGAUCAGCAAAUUGGUGCAGCAACUUUAUAAACUCGUAGAUGUGCAUGAGGUCCAUGAUCUUACGCAUUUGCCAUUUGCUGAAAGAGAACUGAUGCUGAUUAAGAUUGCCGUGAAUGCUGCUGCGAGAAGAGAUGUCCUGGACAUUGCUAGUAUUUUCAGGGCUAAAGCUGUUGACGUAUCAGAUCACACAAUUACUUUGCAGCUUACUGGGGAUCUAGACAAGAUGGUUGCACUGCAAAGGUUGUUGGAGCCCUAUGGUAUAUGCGAGGUUGCAAGAACUGGACGUGUCGCAUUGGCUCGUGAAUCGGGAGUGGACUCCAAGUAUCUUCGCGGAUACUCCUUUCCUUUAUCAGGUUAAACCGGUGCUGAGUGCAUCCAUAGAAACUUUUGAAGGUAAAAGUUUCAUUACACAUUUUAUGAGCCAACUCAAAGACAGAGCCAGAGAGACUGCGUAGAUAUGUUUGUGACUUUGUUAGCUGAUUUUGGACUUGUUGGCUUCAUUUCAAAUCCUUUCUUUUUAAGAAGAAAAAAAGUUAGGAUUAUUAAAUCUUCGUUCGUAUUUUUUUUUUUCUUCCAAUAGUCUUCUCCCAAGAUAAAUAAAUAGCAAUUAUUAUAUGUUAUUUAGAUCGCUAGAAGACUAAAGAGGGAACACAAAUGGACUUUGUAAAUGUUAUAGAGUCACAAGUCAAACUAAGUAAGCGUUGACUGA